AGAUAACUGUACCUUGAUUUAAAUAAUUUAUUAUCUGCACUAUAAAUGUUAAUUGUUGUCUGUUAUUGAUUGUUAAUUUCCGUAUGCAUUAAUCUUGAUCUCUAUGUGUUCUCUGGUUUGUCUUCACAGCGAACACUUAUAAAUAAGUACAGACUCUGCAGUUCAGCAGUUUACUGACUAAUUUUUUGAUCAUUGCCAAAGGGCAUAGAAACCUGUGGUGUACAAAAACAGUGUUUGAUGCUGAAUGGCAACGAUGUUGAACACCAGCGAUGGUCUUCGGGAGGUCACAACAUCCAGUAUGAUGACAACAGAGGAUUACUACAAUUACUAUGAGGGUGGCAUUGAUGCUGAACCGUGUGAUUACGGAAAACAUGCAAGUCAUUUCCUCCCUGUGCUCUACUCCCUGUUCUUCGUGGUGGGCUUCCUGGGCAACAUGCUGGUGCUGUGGAUGAUCCUGAGGGGCCCUCAGAUGAAAAAAACAACUGACGUGUCUCUCCUGAACCUGGUCAUCACUGACCUUCUACUAAUCUUCUCUCUCCCCUUCCUGGCUCACUAUGCCAGGGAUACCUGGGUUUUUGGUGGAGCCAUGUGCACUCUGGUCCUCAGCGUGUAUUACAUUGGAUUUUAUGCUGGCAUUUUCUUUAUUGUGCUGAUGAGCAUCGACAGAUUCUUGGCUAUUGUCCAUACUGGGUUUGCUUUGAGAAUCCAAUCAAAAACAAAAAAUGGGAUUUUAGCUUGCGUGGUCAUCUGGAUUCUAGCUAUUGCAGCAUCAUUUCCUGAGCUACUGUAUCUUGGAGUUGAACACUAUGACAACAAAACUAUUUGCAGUGCUUAUCCAAAAGACAAUAGGCACAAUAAUGUGAGAAGUGUAGCUUUCUUUAAAAUGAAUGUUUUGGGAAUGCUAAUUCCACUGACUAUUGUGGGAUACUGCUACUCGAUGGUUCUCUGGAGGCUUCAUAUGCUGCGUAAUUCAAAGAAACUGGCCAUUCGUCUUGUUGUUGUUGUUAUGGUGGUGUUCUUCUGCUGUUGGAUACCGUACAACAUUGCAGCAUUCCUGAAAGCACUGGAACUGCUGGAAAUCCUGCCUCCAGACUGUGAGCUCAGCAAAAGGACCCAGCUGAUGCUGCAAGCCACUGAGGCUAUAGCAUAUUCGCACUGCUGCCUCAAUCCAUUCCUUUAUGUGUUUAUGGGUAAAAAGUUUAGGAGGCACCUCAUGAAGCUUCUGCACCAGACACCAUGCAUCCAAGAGUAGUGGUUUUACAUUCCAGCAUACCUACUUGGAAUCACAAUUAUGAUGAUUUAUAUGACUACACAUGGUCCUUAGUUUUCAUCUAAUGAAAUUCUGUAUCUGGCCUGAGAAUGAAAAUGGAAAUAUAUACAUACAUACACUCUAUGGCCAAAUGUAUGUGGACACCUAACCAUCAUACCCAUAUGUGGUUCUUCCCCAAACUGUUCAGAAAAUUGGAAGCACACAAUUGUCUAGAAUGUCUUUGUAUGCGGAAGCAUUGUUAAUUUACCUUCACUGGAACUAAGAGCCUCAGACCUGUUCCAACGUGACAAUACCCCUGUGCACAAAGCUAGGUCUGUGAAGACAUGAUUUGCCAAGGAUGGAGUUGAAUGCCGACUACACGUAAAUUCAGUUUGUUCAUUUAUUUAGUCAUGAAUUAAUUCAUAAUGUGAAGUCAUGAUUACAAAUAAAAUAUCCCUGAAGUACAUACAUGCUAGAAAGAGAUCAUCAAAGAGAAUAUAUGGCUCUGACAUACAUAAUAGCAAUUGAAAGCCCAUAAAAUGCUCUAACUUCUGUGUUCUGUAAUGAAAAUGAAUGGCCUGUUGUAAGGUAAUAAAGGACAGUUUGAACAGCAAAAUACAAUAAAAUAAAUGAAUCUCCAUUUGUUGA